AUAAAGAAGAAAUACAGAAGAACGGUUACUGACACUUCAUGUAUGAUAUAAGCAUGAAAGUUAAACCUUGAUUUGCUUCAUUGUUGCAAAUUUGUAAGACCACUACAAUAUAUACGAGAAUUGUUAUUCUUUUUGUUUGAUUCCUUUGCUGUCCACAGUGCUAGUACUAUUCGUAUCUACGCCAGAGAAGGAUGAGGACCAUAACUUCCUUGGGUGGCAAAGUUGAAAAUGUGACUUUGAGGAGAACCGAGUCAUCAGAUGCACAUGAGAUCAACAGCUUAAUCGGUCCUGACACUGUGGCAGUAUUUGGAAGAGUAAAUGUCAUUCAUCUACUAGAGAGGGCCAAUCUGGCCGUGACCCUGAACAGUGCAAACGAUAAGGUGCUGGCCCAUGCUGCCUUCUCUGAUCACCCCAUGGGAGGCAUCGUAGACCAGGCCGGUUGGGAACCAUUCCUGUGUGAAAACUACGGCGCUGAAAACUACACGCCUCUGAACACACUCUUUCUGCACCUCUUUGUGGCGCAGCCAGACUUCUCCGUCGGGAGUGCCAAAGAGAUUGUAAGAACUGUGUUCAGCGCUGUUACAGAGCUGCAGUGCAUCUGCUUGGUCACCACAACCAGUGGAGGUCUGGAGCCUGCCUUGGUGGAGAUCUUUGAGCCAAUGAAGAGCCUAACGGACCACGGGCCCAAGUGUUCAGCAUUUGUGUGCCAGAGAAUCAAAUAUUGCCCCCAUCUGCAUGUCCGCUGUGCCAGGGUGGAGGAUAGCGAUGAUCUUACACACAUCUUUGCGGAGCAGACAACAGCACUCACAGAAUCCUAUGGACCUUACUUCCUGGCUGAACUCGUCGAGGCUCAGGACGAAGAACAUCACGCAGCUGUUUGUGAGAACGAGGGGACCGCGGUGGGUUUCAUCAGUGUGAGUGGUGACAUCAACUUGAAGCUGCUAAACGAGCACUUCGAGCUUGGGCCUUUCGACGGCCUGUAUAAGCCCAGUCCAGAGCAGAUGACUGAGUUGGCCCCUGAGGCAGAGGGACACAGGCCCCCGGUGUCCCAUCACUUGCCAGAGGACACCCAGGCGUGUGCUGUAGGGCCUCAGGAGUCGGAAUGGACUCUGGAACCAACGGUCUUACAAACACCCAACGCAUUUUGCAUUCAGUUAUUUGCCAUUGACAAGAAAUUUGAAAUGAGAUCGACUGAGUUCUUGCCUUAUGUAUUUCAACUAUUCCCCGACAGGGAUUUCUGCGUCAUCUCUGUGCCUAAGCUGGCUCCCGAGCUGCCCCUCCUCCAGAACUUCCACCGGGUGGUCCCACAUCACACCAGCAUCCUGCCCGAGGAGCUCUACAUCUUCCACCGCUCUGGCCUGCUCAAGACGUUUGCUGUGAGGCUGGCAGUGACUGGUGACAGGCCUGCCGUCUGUGUCCUGGUGAAGAGACUCAGUCAGAACGAGUCCCUGCUGGAGGAUCUCGACAUGUACUUCCAGGCCCGCAGAGACACGAAUGGAACAGCCUUGCAGGCGUUCGUGGCCCAAGUUCAGAACCAAGUCGUUGGGAUUGUGAUCAUCCGAAAUGAGGAGGACAUAGAUUACAUCCGAGCCAACUACAACAUUGAGAGUUUCAUCUACUUCAGCCACCACGGAUACGAGGAGCACGGCCAGCUCUGUCAUUUUGUCCUGAACCCCAUCUUCCAGCACUACUCCAAGCACCUCCUGAAGGAGGUACUGCGGCUCGCCCACAAGUCCUGCCUCUACUACCGUGUCUUCCCAUCCUACCACAAACAAAGGUACUCCUGCGCCUCUGUCCUGAACUGCAUGGUCCCGGUGCGCCCGCGACACCAGAUUGUCUACCCCCUGGAGGAGCUGGGCAUCAAUGCGCCAUCCAUUCGGAUCACCAAGGACCAGGUCCCAUAUGCGCUGAACCACAUCAACCGAAAGCUGACCCUGGAACCGAAAGUCACCAUCAACGCUAGGAUUGUGGUGGUGGGGGCAUCAGAUACUGGCCUGGCAGUUCUGGAGGUGUUUGCUUUCUGCCCACAUCUGAGGUUCAAUAGCAUCACUCUGAUCUCCACACAUGGCUAUCCUGGCUACUAUACUGACCAAAACAUGAGAUUCCUGUCCACAAGCCAUUGCUACGGUGACAGGGACCAUGCCCAGCUGUCGCUGCGCUCCUGGAUCAACGUGGUGAUGGCCAAGAUGGUGGGCAUCGACAGAGCAGCCAAGAACGUGCUGUUGUCUGGGGGACAGAGGGUGCCAUUUGAUCACCUGGUCCUCUGUACAGGCCAGCAGUACCAGGUUCCCUGUCCCACUGGCGUUGACAUCUGCAACCUACCAUCCGACGUCCAGCUCCCAGACCGGCCCCACCGUAGAUACACCGGGCCGGUCCCGUCCAACCUCCUCACCCUCAAUGACCACCACGACUGUGUGACAGCAUACCGGUGGCUGCAGAGUCACUUCGUUGAGUCUAACGGCAAUGCCGUUGUGUACGGCAACACCAUUGAUGCGUACACCUGUGCAGAGGCUCUGUUACGCAUGGGCGUCCAGGGAAGUCGCAUCCACCUUGUCCAUCUUCCCGCCGCCGGAGCCUCCAGCUGCAGUCCCGGCUCCUGCUUCAGCAACCCCAUGGUAAAGAAGGCCGUGGAAAAGGCUUUGGAGAAAACCGGGGUCCAUGUGCACCUCGGCUGCACACUGGCCCAGAUGAAUGACGGACAGCACCCUGAGCCAAUCACCUCCUUGUCAUUCACCAGCGACGGUCAGCCACUCAGGCUGGAGUGCUCUGUCUUUAUAAACUUCUCCUCCAAAGGGGUGGACUAUGAUGCCUUCAAGACCAUCAGCGAUGCCUGUCUGGUUUACGACGGACGGCUGGUCAUAGACGCCGCGUUCCACACCAACGACCCCGCCAUCCGUGCCGCCGGGCCCUUAACCAAGUUCUCCCGGCGCUACCAUGCCGACCGGUGGUCCCACUCCGACUUCAACCCCAGGGAGGUGGGCCAGGACCUGGCUGCCUCUCUGCUGGCCUUUUUCGACCCCACCCUGGCUCCCGCCAUGAACCCUCCAGCGGACCUGGACCGCCUCAUCCCCAACUAUACACGGGCCAGGAUCCAAGGCGGGAGACUGCCAGGGGGAUACAAUUAUCUACAUGUGACCAAACCAGGCAUCGAGCAAAGGCCUUGUUCUGCUCAUAACAUGGAGGGCAAAGAGAUUUUGACUGGGCGAAUAGAGACUGGGAACUACUUUCACCUGCAACUGAACCAGUAUGAAAUGGUGGAAACCAUCACCUGUCUGUCCCUGAAACCCUUCCCAGUCUCCAACUACCUAUGUCUCUAUGGGAAACACCAGCUGCUACUGAACCGCUUGUGUUGCCGUUAUGACGAAGGCCUGGUUCACGACCUUUACAGUUAUUUCAAGGAGAAAUGGUGCCUGGCAAUAUAUCAUGAUCGCUUUCCAGACUUUGAGAAGGAAAUACAACAGAUCAUAGAAUCAACUAAAGUGCAGGACCACAGUGGUAUGUCUAUCGCAGAGCUAAUUCACAGGAUGGUAGAUGACAAGCUGGACUUCACUGAGGAACCAGAUGUGUUCCUCAAGAAGGUGUUUGAGUCAAGUGGUGGAUUGGCUUCCCUGAAGACCAGCACUCUGAAUUACCUGAGUUUCAACAGAUUCCAAUUGACUAUGUAUGCACAGCCUGGACUACUGUAACUAACCCUCCAUGCUAUCCUGCUUCAUUUCCAUUUCAAUAGUAAUCACAGAAAUAUGCAUUCAGUGUUGUGAUAAACACUUUGUCAUCCAACAUAGUAAAAAAAAAAAUGGCACUGUUUGUAUUAAACCUAUUUUUACAAUAAUCCUCUUCAGAUAACCUAUUUAGCGUGAACAAGAAUACCAAAAUUGUGUUUCUUAGUUUAUGAGAAAUUAAAGCUGACUGACUUUAGAUAACAGGGGAAAACAAUAUAAAUUCCUAACAUGAUUAUUAUUUCUAAUGGUUAAGUCAAUGUUUAGGGUAUUGUCAAAUUCAGCUUUCUCACAAUGACAACUUGACAGUUAUUGAUUUAGCUAGGCAUACUCUAAUUGUGACUGCAAAGGUUAUUUGGAUAACUAAUAAGACUUAGGCUUAGAUGAAAGUAGAUUUAGUGUGCACCAGGAGGGGAUUUUAUAUUCUACAGCUGUAUGGUAAUGAGGCACAAAUCUUCACUGCCUCUAUUUGGGCAGCACACGCCACUGAACAAAUAGCCGAACACGCGCCUCAACGUAUUGGUUCGUUCAAGCGUUUGUCACAGAUUGUUAGGAUAAAUGUUAAUGGGGAGAAUCAUGAGAAUAUAUGAACCUAUAAAAUGAAAUGGCUCAAUGACAUCUAAUGGAUCGUGCUGUCUCUUGGCUAAUAAAUACUUUCUCUUUUCAGUGCAAAAUAUUUUGCACAUAGGUCACUUUUUAAGAGUUUGCCUAAUUAAUAACAUCGUUCAUUACUAUUGGAAUAAUUAUUUUUAUUAUGUUGCAAAGGGCCUACAAGUCAUUCUUAAAUAGACUACAUGUAUAUGGCUGUUCAUAACUAAAUAGGCGUUUAGGACUUUUGAAUACUAAAUCGAUUUAAAAUAUAUAUAUAUUAUUGUGAGAAAAGCAGCUGGGUGACAUCGCAGUAGACACAAAAACACUUUCUAGACAUCUGACGUAGUUUUUUGGGACAAUGGGUUAAAAUAUUAACCCAAACUACAUAAGUCUUCUCAUCCCUAGCCAUGCUGGUCCGUAGUCUAGCCUAUAUUUAUUUUUAAAGAUGGGAUAUGAUUUGACCCUGAAGGAAUUGGAUUUCACUGUUGUAACGGAGAGAUAAUCAUGGUUUGGCCCAUUUGGAGACGGACGGCUUUGUCCAAACACACUGAUUACGCACAGCACGCGCCGACAGUGUCUCUUGGUCAGAUUGCUUUUGGGGAAAUGUUUCCGUGCAAUUUCUUUUUCAGUCAGAAGCUAUAUACAGCUUGCGCUAGCGUGGGCAUUGUAAUGCAAAGCAGGGGACCCUGUUUUAUUAAUUAUGUAUGCGUAAAAUGACUGAUUCUUAUGUUCAGAGUUCAACUGUCGUAUCCAACACAUGUCGUUGGCUGUCUUGAAAUGUUUCUUUGUUAUUUUUUCAUAAGGGCCUAUAAAUAUUUGCAUGUUUGAUUUUACAUAUUGUUGUUUUUAUGUCUUUUUAGGAUAAAGCCUACCUAACCAGUAAACAGUUUGCCGACUUGCUUUAGUGAGGUUGAAUAUUUCUGUAGCUUAAGCAAACAAAAACAUGCAACUCAACAGUCCGUGUGUGUGUUGUGUGUGUACUUAACAUUAUAUUUCGGGUAAAUAA